AUGAUGGGCAAGUCUUAUGCAGCGCCGGUCAUCGUUCCAGCCAGUUCAGGUCAAAAGGACACCUUGAGUAAUGGCUUAGGAGGGGAGAUGACUUCCAAUAGCAUCUCACGCGGGUAUGGAGCUUCGGGAGCAUCGUUGCAGAUGUGCCUCACCGAUCCAUUGUUUCAGGACGUGGACAGUUCUUGCAGACGUUAUUUAAUUCACUUUGCGGAUCACCUAUCCCGAGAUCUGGUAGUGUCCGAUACCGUAAAUGAGAAUCCAUUUCGCGGCCUGAUUCCGUUGACUGGGGAAAUGCCUAUCUUGCGGCAUAUCCUAGUCGCUAACGCAGCUGUGCACAUCGCGAGUAUAAACAGACGAGUUUGUCAUGUCAGCCAAAGACAGUCACAAUUGCAAGCCUCAAUUCAAGGCUCUCUAGAGCAACCUCGUCUUUCUUCGAUUAACACCGAUCGUGCCAUUGUGGAUGCUCUGUCGGCAAAGCACAAUGCCAUCAACCUGCUGCGCUUUGCAUUGCAAAACAUUCAAACCAUAAACACUGACCUUGUCGUGACCGUUGUGCUCCUUUUUGUCAAUUUUGAGCUUCUCGUGUCCGGCAAAAACGAGUGGAGAGUGCAUCUUCAAGGCGCGCUUCGACUUCUAGGCUGCUUGAAUCUAGUCCAGGGCGACCAAUCUUCUCCCCUAGCCCUGAUGCGCGACCGAAUCACAUCGGAUUGCUUGACGUAUUAUGUCCUCGGCUCGACACUAACCCACUUUGACCCUCUACCAGACCCCCCGGAGUUCAAUGCUGGGAUUCUAGCAACUCUGAGACGAGGUGAACCUAAUAGCUAUUUAUCUUUUCCAACAACGCUUCUUGAUAUCCUAUUUAGAGCCUGUGAACUAGCAAACAAAUUAUUCGCUAGUCUUACCAAAGGGACCGAUCAGUACAGUUCGCUUGUGGAAGAGGCUUUGUCUCUUCUCGCAAGCAUUGACUCCUUCGAUAUAAACUCCUGGGCACUAUCGAUCGAUAGUAUUUACACCCAUCGAAUGGUACGCCGUAUGCACACGGCUUCCGCCCAUCAAGAUGCGGUUCGAAUCUAUAUUUGUCGGAGUGUUGGGGACCUUGAUUUGCUGGGGUUCGAUAUAGAGCGCCUAGUUGAGAAUAUCAUUCACCACCUGUCUUUCUUGGAUGCUGAAGACCCCCUUUUCAAAGCUACGGCUUGGCCGACUUUCAUUGCCGGUGCAGAGACUAACAAUCAUGCCCAUAGACAGUGGGCACUAGAACGCUUGGACCAGUUAUGGAGUGCAAUGCCUUGGGGGUACGUACAAACUGCGAAUGAAGUCAUGCGAAUGGCCUGGGGUCUGAGAGAGAAAUCGCCAUCGGGCGCGGCAUUGCAAGCUGGCUGGAUACAUCAAUUGAAGAGUCUGGGAAAUCAUUGGUUGAUUGCGUAA